AUGAAGCUCGUCACUCCCUCCAAGGAGCACCUCGAGACCCACUAUGCUGAUCUCUCCAGCAAGCCAUUCUUCAACGGACUCGUCUCCUUCCUCCUCGGUGCCACCAACCCUGCUGACUCUGCCCCCGGCACCAUCCGUGGUGACUACGCCAUUGACGUCGGCCGCAACGUCUGCCACGGCUCCGACAGCGUCGAGAACGCCAAGAAGGAGAUUGCUCUCUGGUUCAAAGAGGGAGAGGUCCUCAGCUACAAGCAGAGCCAGUUCGACUGGAUCUAUGAGAAGGCAUAG